AGUCUAAGGGCAGAAAACUGACGGAAUAUGCUGGAUCUGAGAACAAUCGGAAAGGUGUACUUCCUCCUGCCACUUCUUCAAGCCGCAGUGUCGAAUGAGUGGGGAGCUGACACACCAUCACAUGUGACAACACAGAGAGGCUUGUGUGCCCGGAUUCCAUGCCACUACCGUUAUCCAUCAAAUGUUAAUAAUUUGUCCUGGACUGGUAUCUGGUAUAACAGUGACAAUCCGAACUCUGCACCUAUAGUGUUUCACUCCAGCGAUCACAGUCAGGAGAUGCAGAAAUUUCAAUCUCGGACCCGUCUGUCUGGAAACUUGAAAGACGAUGACUGUUCCCUGGUGAUCGACAACAUCACUGAGGAAGAUGAAGGUCCGUACUUCUUUAGGAUUGAAUUUGUCGGAGGUGACCGUUACAACUAUCUCCCUGCCACGCAGCUCCGUGUUUCCGAUUUCACAGAUAAACCCACAAUAUUCGCUGCAGAACUUGUUGAAGGAAAGUCUGUGAACAUAAAAUGCGUCUUCAACACAACGUGUGACGGAACUUCACCCACCUUAACCUGGGUCACCCCCACGGAUGUACCACCAUCAGUCUCAAGCAGUGUAACUCGGUGGCACAACACUCUGACAUAUACUUCUGUCCUGACCAUGACCCCAGCGCUCAAACACCACGGACAAAGUCUCACCUGCAGAGUCAGAUACCCAUCUGUUUCAUCAGAGCAGACCCUCACACUAACUGUGCAGUACGCCCCACAGGAUUUCUCAAUCACUUCUACCAACAGUGUGAACAAUUCCUGGGUGAAUAUGAAGGAAGGGAUUCCUACAUCGAUCCUCUGCUCCGUCCAGAGUUUCCCAGUGUCUAAUCUAACGUGGAGACAUCUCGGUGUCACACUGAACACAACAAGUUCCAACAAUGAACUGUGGCUGGUGUUUCCACAAGUGACACCCCAGCAGGCCGGAGACUAUCAGUGUGUGGCAAAGAAUAAACACGGGACAGCGGAGAGGGCAGUGACCCUCACUGUGGAAUAUGCCCCACAGAAUCUCUCAAUCACUUCUACCAACAACGUGAACAAUUCCUGGGUGAAUAUGAAGGAAGGGAUUCCUACAUCGAUCCUCUGCUCCGUCCAGAGUUUCCCAGUGUCUAAUCUAAAAUGGAGACAUCUCGGUGUCACACUGAACACAACAAGUUCCAGCAAUGAACUGUGGCUGGAGUUUCCUCAGGUGACCCCCCAGCAGGCUGGAGUCUAUCAGUGUGUGGCGGAGAAUGAACACGGUACAGCGGAGAGGGCCAUCACCCUCACUGUGGAGUAUAAGCCUGAGAUUUCUCGGGACUCAGGAUGCACUCGGACCCCCGAGGUCAUCACAUGUGUGUGUGCGGCCAGAUCAAACCCACCCGGAGAGCUCACCUGGCACCUCCCCCUCGCCAACCUCAGCGGGAACCAGACGCACGGUCGUUUCCAGACGUGGCAGGUGGCAGACGGGCAGCUGGUGACUGGCUCGCUGACCUUGGGUGUGGGCGAGGGAGAGGGGGAUGUGACCGCCCUCUGUACUGUCCGAAACCAACAUGGAGAGGUCAUGUUUGCGGUGUCCCUGUGGAUGAAAGCUGAGGGAGAGUCAUGCAAGAUUCCAAUCAUCUCAUUGGCUGUGAGAGGAGUUCUCGUUCUUCUUGCAUCAGUGGCUGUGAUUUGGUUAGUUAAAUCCUACUGGAAAACUGACAAUGCGGCCCUCUCCGUGAUGUCAGAACAACAAUCAGAAAUGUCAGAACUCAGCCUCAGCAAGUCCAAGGAACUGACUGUGAACUUCAGGAAGGGGAAGUCGGGAGAACACACUCCAGUCCUCAUCCUGGGGUCAGCGGUGGAAAGGCUGAGCAGCUUCAAGUUCCUGAGCAUCAACAUCUCAGAGGAUCUGUUCUGGAUCCAACACAUUGAAUCAAUCACGAAGGAGGCACGCCACUGGCUGUAUUUCAUUAGGAGUUUGAGGAUGUUACUCUGUGCAGGUACCCAGUCUCCGACCUGCUCCUGUAUCUGAAGGUUUAUGCGGAUGGUCCACUUGAGUUUCUGGACUCUGGGGAUCCCCAGGAUGUUGAUGGUGGGGGGACAGCAUCAGGAUUGUCAUUGAAUGUGGGGCCAUCACUGAGGUAAGGGGUAGCAGGUCAGACUCUCUCUGGUUGUAGGUGGUCAUUUCCUGGCAUCACUUUGGACAAAUGCCACAUGUCACCUGACAGUUUUGGGGAACACUCGGGUGCCAUCCCUGUCCCGAAUGGGGUUGAAUAUCUAGGAUGCUUGGAGCUCAACUCAUCUCUCUAUAGACUGAUGGGGUGAGUUCUAAUCCACCUUCAGAUUCUCCUGAAUGGGCCUUUUGUACAAAGAACAGAUCUCCGAAUGUUCCUCUCCAUGGCCCUUCACUUUAUUGUCUGCUUGCACUGCACUUUCUCAGCAGCUGUAGCAUUUAUUCUGCAUUCUGUAAUUGUUUUUUCUUUAAUACUACCUUGAUGUUCUGAUGUAUGGAAUGAUCUGAAUGGCUGGCAUGUAAACGAAGCUUUUCAC